AUGGCGUCCUUCUCCAGCUCCUCCUCCUUUUCCUCACCUUCACGCCGCUACCAAGAAGGAGACAAGGAGAACACACCCUCCCCCUCAUCCUCGCAUUCGCACAGCAUCGCCGCCACUCCAUUACCGCGUCGGAAGGCCUUAUUGAGCGAGGUCAUCGCACAAAGUCGCACCCCAUCCGCCACGCCAAAGCCGCCAAAACCACUCCCACCUCGUACGCCAGCUUCGGCGCUAAAGAGCAUCCUGCGCCAGUCGGAGACUCCUUCCUCUUCUUCGAUGCUGGGAGGAGGCAGCAGCAGCAGCAGCAGCAGCGGUAGAGGAGUGGAAUGGGGUUACAGAAUGACCGACGAGGGAGAUGUGAGCAAGAUAAGCGUGACGACGGCGGGGAGCACGGCUGCGCCUACCUCGAAUCAUGAGGAGCACUGCGAAGAGGAUGAAGAGCAGCAGGCAAGCUCCAGUCGUCUCUCUCUUCCCUCGACCAACGCCAACACGAGCACGAGCACGAGUCGCACCUCCAUUCGCUCCACACGUCCUCCGACCGCACCCGCAGCGCUAGACGCCUCAACAUCCGCAUCGACGGAUUUGUCUCUCUCCUCUCUCUCCAACACCGGGGGUCCGCUCCUCUCCAUGGGGGAGAAUGCGUCGAAUAGCAACCUGCUGCGACAUCUCGAUGACUCCAUGAAUAGCGGGAGCGUGCUUUCCGUCGGCAGGACGCCUCGAGCAGUCAGUCAGACGAGGAAUCGCCCGACAUCUUCGCCCAACCCAUCGAUUACUGCUACGCCUCGACCUAUGCGUCCUCGUCAAGCUGCAGCUCAACCUCUGCUCCCUCCGGGGAAGCAGAGUCCCUCCUCCUCCCUGCACGCGCACUCAUCCUCCCCAGCUACGGAGAUGCCUCGCCCAGCUUCUACUCUCCCCUCACAGACACAAGCACACGCACACGCACACGCACACGUACCACGCGAGCGUCUUUCCACGGGCACUACGAUCAGCACCAACUCCUCGUCCCUCUCAGUGGCGGAUAUGAGCACGCUCAGUAGUCAGAGCUUGAAUGACUCCUUCUUUAGGAGGGAGGGGGAGAAGUUGCGAGUGGCUUUUUGGGGUGGGCAGGAGCAGUGUGGGCAGGAGCAAGCGAAAGAGGAGGUGGAGGAUGUGCAGGUCGCAGAGAGCUCAGAUGUGCCCGCUGGGGAAGAGAUGCGCGGGAAGGGUGACGCUGAGGUGCACGAAAGCAGCGUGGCAGACGUAAGCCAGGCUGGCAUUUCUGCUGUGCACUCAUCUGAUGGACAGGGCGAAGAAGAGAAGGACGAGGACGAGGAGCAGGCUGAAGAGAAGGACGAGGACGAGGAGCAGGCUGAAGAGCAGGCCGAAGCCUCCUUGCCCGCAGUGGUGGAGCCUGAGGUCUCGAUGACCUCAGAGGCACAGAGCUUCGAGACCUCGUCGCCUCGCAGCAUGCUCGAUUCCCCCACGGUGAAGAUCGCAGCAAGGUCGCCGCAGCCAUCACCUCAACAUGAUGCCAACACCUCAGCUGUCUCCGCGAGCCGUCAGCUAGAAGCGGACAGUGCGUCGCCUUCCUCUUCGUCAAUCACCGCAUCAUCCGCCUCGCCCUCACCCAAGCCCGCAGCAAGUCCAGCACCUCGUCGUCCAGAGUCCGGCUACACUGCAAGCCCAUCGGCGGAUAAACUACGUCGCCUUGCUCUAGGCAGGGCCAGCGUCGAGCGUUUACGCGCGGGAGGCGAUUCAGCCCCGCGAGCUACGAAAGGCCGUACGAGCGGCGGGUCGGCCACGUCUGCCGCCUCGAGCGACUUUGUCUCGUUUGCUACUGCUGGGCAGUCUGCAGAAGAGGAUGGCGAGCUUGAGACGGAAGUUGAGACAGAGGAGGACGCAGAGGCGCAGCAAGAAAGGAGCGCGCAAUCACCCGCACGCGUCGUCGCUUCGCCCAAGAUGAAGGACAAGACGAUGCGUAAGCAAAUGCAGAGCCCGCACCCUGCCGCAGCUCAAACGCACGGCCACUUCGCAGAAAUGGCCACACCCUCCCCCACACGUCGCCCAGCAUCAGCUAUCUCCUCCCCAACGCAGCAACAAUGGCCGCCCACACCAGCAACAUCUCUGUCCCUCCCUCCAUCUGGCUCUCCACCGAGCGGCGACGCCCAAACACGUCUCCUCGCGGUACGCCACGCACUAGACGAGUACCUCUUCACACACUCUUCCCGCCUCUCAACCCUAUCCGUCCGUCUGACCUCCACCCUCUCUGAAGCCUCCCUCCUGCGGGACGUCCUCACCUCGGAGCUGGAAAGCAAGUCGCAGCUACUGCGCGAGCUUGCCGGGGUGAAGUGGGAGUUAGAGGAGCGAAUGAGAGAUAAGGAGGGCGUGCUGGAGGAGUGGAAACGCGAGAGGGAGGAGGGGGAGAGGAGGGAUGCGGAGCUCAGAAGGCUGGUGGAGAGGAUGAGGGAGCAGGUGGGGAGGAGGGUGGGCGUGGCCGCGGCCAACGCGGCGAGCGGGGUGGGUAGUGGAGAUGAGGAGGUGAUCCGAUUGCGCGAUGAGCUCACUCACGAGAGGGAGUUGAGAGAACAGCAAAGGCGCGACUAUGAGGUUCGCCUUCUUGCCGUGCGCGCCACUUCCUCCUCUCCCUCAUCACAACGGUCGCGCGAAGCAUCGCCCCAGCCAUCGGCAUCGACGGAGGAGAUCGCCCGCCUCGCCAGGGAGAGUGUCGAGCGUGACCACGAAGUGCGCGUCUACUCGCUGCAGCGUGACCAUGAGGAGGCCCUCGAGUCGCUGGAGGAGCAGUUGAUUGAGGCACAGCGGGAGCGCGAUGACGCGCUACAGCGUGCAGAGGGGAUGGAGGAGGUGGAAAGGGAGCGCGAUGAUGCGCGUCAGGAGAGGGAUGACGCGAGAGAGGAGCGAGAUGAGGCAUGCGAUGCGAGAGAGGCGUUGAGUGAGGAGCUGGCAAAGGCGCAGAGGGAGAGGGAUGAGGCUGUGGCCGAGCGCGAUGAGGCUGCAGAUGGGUCGAAGGGGCGACAAGCCAGUACGCACGAGGUGGAAGAGCUUCGUGCUGCCAACGAGGAGCUCUCGACUCGUCUUGAAGAACUUAUUGCGGAGCGAGAGGAGCGAGAUCAGGCUCACCAGGCCGCCUUAGCUGCACUGGAGAGGGAGCUCAAGCAGAAUCACGACGCCGAUGUAGAGCAUCAACGCGGGGAAGCCGCCGCCAAGCACGAUCAGCUGCACGCCAUUGCCUUGCGGAUGGAGCAGGAGCGCGAAGAACUCCUGGCUGCUGUGGCCGACAUGGAGCGCACGGUGGUGACGCCGCAGGAAGCCCGCAUUGCAGAGUUGGAGCACCAAGUCGCUGAGCAGACCAAGCAGCUGCAAUCUAGCUCCUCCUCAGCAGAGGCUGCCGAGCUGCAAGCCCGAUGCGACAAGCUCGCAGCUCAAGUAGGCGACCGCGGUCUCACGAUCACUAAGCUUGAGCGUCAGAACGAGAAAUUGGAGCUCGAGAUCCAGAACCACGCAAUGGCACUCGUAGCUAAGCAGGAGGAGCUUGCACUGCUCAAACGCAAAGUCAGGAAGGCUGGGCUGGUCACUCCAGGUCAGACUCCGGCGAGCUUGGACGACGGACGCUAUGAGGCAGCAAGUAGCUCGUGGGAGCAUGGAGCCCCAGAAGAGAUUCUCGAGCGUGGACCUGUCCCUGCCAAGGCGAGGGGAAGGAGGACGAUGGAUGGCGCUGGCGCUGCAGCCGGUGGGCCGCUACGAUCAGCGACUGUCAAUCAGGUCGUGAAUGAGGACCAAGAAGAUUUGGCCGAGGAGGAAGCUACCCCCAAGACGAGGCGUGUCGUCCACCACCCUCGUCACUCCACGAUCGCUGUCCGCCCAUCUCACUCACGAUCAAGCAGUCAAGCCAGCCAAAGCGACCAAGAGCAGCAGACAGAGGAGCGGCAUCGCAUCUCAUUGUCUUCCACUGGUUCUUCGUCGUCCGCAAGUCUGCAGAAGCGAACAACGCGCGCCUCCUCGCGGGACCUCACUGGCACCACCUUUCCCGAUGUGCCCACUCACUCCAUCGCAUCGGAGGGCACGUACGGCGGCCUGGAAGAGCCCAUGAGCCUGACUAACGUCUCUCGCAGUCGGCAAUCCCUCUCCCUCUCCCGACCCUCCCUUCCAGCAAACGCAGCAGGACGUCGCGCCCUAGUAGGUCGCGCCUCGACCAACAGCAGCCGCAGCAGUGUCUCGUCUGCUUCGUCGAAUUCGUCGCGCAUGUCCCUCUCUGGCGGAGCUUCCAUGUCCAAGAUGCCGGGGAUGGAGUCCUUCCUCGCCAAGCGGAGGGCAGCCGGUGAAGCCGUAGCCAGAAUGUCGGCCAUGAGUGAUGCGACACCGAGGAGGAGUCGUGGUUGGGCUGAGCAGGAGCAGGAGAACCUGAUGCCGGCUUGA